AUGUCUGGCCUUCUGUCACAUGAUGUCACUGUCCAUUGCCACCUCAAGCACCUCUUAUUGAUUGUAACCUACGUUGCCACAUGUCAAGUCAAUGGCCUUCUGGAGCCAAUACCGAUGCCAGACAUCCUCCGAGAAUGCUACAGAUACAGGACCGAGAAUAUCAGCGUAUCUGAAAUGACGUCACAGAGCCUUAACAGUUUCUGCAUCACAGAUUUCCUCUCUGAAACUGUUCUCCUUCGUCCUCAAAGGGAAAUAUCAAACACGUCGAUUUUGUAUGCACAAGAACUCAUUCGGAAGGUCAUUGGACGCAUCAAUACUGGAGGUAGAUCCCGGAGGCAAGUGAGAGAGAGGAAAGAAGUCCGAACUUUAUCCAGGGAGGAGUGGAACACCUUCACAGAGAGACUCAAUAUCCUAAAAAGACCAGUGAUGUUGCCGAAUGGUGAACAGUUUGUACCUUACGAUGCCAUAUCUGAUAUUCACAUGCCACCUUACACACUUCUAGCAGCACACAUAGGGCCUAAUUUCCUCGGCUGGCAUCGUGUUUACCUCCUGCUACUAGAAGAAGCACUAGGAGUUCCACUUCCGUAUUGGGACAGUCGACUGGACUUUGACAUGGUAGACCCGACCGAUUCAGUUCUCUGGACACCGGAGUUUUUCGGUCAAGGUUUCGGCAUCGUGGACAAUGGACCUUUCGCGGGAUGGAUCACACCACAAGGAAUCAACCUCAUCCGAAACAUUGGGAAUGACGGAUCCCUAAUCACUGAUGAACAAGUCCAGGGAAUUCUCAUGCAGGGUAGUCACUACGAGGUUACGGAACCAAUACCAAGACUAAGCAUAGAACGCGUGCACGACGGGCCGCACGUGUGGGUUGAUGGACAACUGUCAGCACUUGCCACCGCCCCACAAGAGCCCGUUUUCUUCUUGCAUCAUGCCUUCGUUGACUAUAUUUGGUAUUUAUUUAGGAACAGGCUUCGUAUGGAAUACCCGGAUAUAGAUCCUCAAUACGACUACCCACUUAAAGGAAAUGUUCUUCACGCUCCUAACGCACCAAUGAUACCAUUCAAUAAUCUUCAAAACAUUCAAGGUUAUAAUAAUUUUUUUGAGUCCCGUACAGUUUACGCUCCGUCCCCAACAUGCCCUGACUGUGGUGAAAGUCCUUACUUAGUCUGCAAUCUAACGCUAGGGAGAUGUCGUUCUCUUUCUGCAGCUGAGGUUGCGCCAUCUCGUGUAGUACCAUUUGGAGCUGCUGACGCUGCCGCGACCGGUGCAGUUGCCGGUGCAGCUGCCGCUGUUGGUCAACUCAAAAUACAGAAACUCGUGAAAAAGUUGGGGCCUCUUAAGAUAGGGUCGCGGUUUAAAGUAUUUAGUCGAGAUCCUAGAACAAGAGGGGAUACUCUUCCAAAUUCACCUCUAGCUACCAGAAGAAGGCGAAGUUUUAGUAACGAUUCAAAUGUGAACGAAGCAAUAUUCCAAACAAAGAAUAUGAAAAGUAGGGGUCAUGUAGGAGAUUCCCAGAUUGAUAAACCAUACCUGAAUACAUUCGUUCUGGACAGUGUUAGUGAUGAAAAACUUUGGGUGUAUAUUCCUGUGAAAAUUAUUUAUGAAAAACCUUCUGAAAUGUCAACAAACCCUGUUGAAUUACCAGAGAGUAUUUCCCCGCGUCAACGUAAUUUAAUCACAAAAGAAAUUAACAACACAGAAAUUGUACAACCUACUAUCCCAGCUUCUUCUCCGAAAUGCCAUGUUUCCGGUUCCGGUGCUUCUAAAGUUUAUGUCCAGACCGAUGGUAUUGACUAUUCCGGCAGAUACAAAGACUAUGCUGUGGUAGAUGAGAGGCUGCCGAUCUCAUCUGCUAUGAUAUAUGUCGGUGUCAAAAAUCCAAAACACAGUGCAGCGAAAUUUUAUAUGAGUGCAUUUGACUCUUGCGGUCAUGUAUGUAAACCCAAUUGUUUAGCAAACGGUGAAUAUAAUGCAUGCUCUGGAACCUUCCAAAUUACAUCGUCUUCGCCUUUGAUGUAUGGAGUGACCGUUAAGGAAGCUGCCAACGGAGUAUGGGAAACGGAAGGCAAGCUUCCGGUUGUUUCAGAAUACGGCAAUGCACCUGUGGUAUUUACUUGCAAAAUAUACACUAAUUGGCCUUGGGAUUUAUCUUAA